UAGCAUACAGCGUGAAGGGGAGGACCAAGAACCAGAGAGAUGUGGAACCCAAGUCGAGUGAGGGAGACGAAGGGAAGUGACGGGGAGGUGGCAACAGUGGUGGUGGUGGUGGUGGGCUUUCUCCUGCUACCGUCCCCUGCAUCUGCUCAAACCGAGGGGCAGGAGGGGAGGAUCAAGGUGUUAAGUCUGCAGGAAUCUUUCAUCCCCGACAUCUCCAGCUUCGCGCGGUGGCAAGGCGGCUUCCCUCGAGCCCUCACCGAAGUCACCAUCUGCUACAGGCUCAGAAUCUUCUACUACCGCCCGGAGGUUACUGUGUUCUCCUACUUUAGUCCGAAAGGCGAAAUUCGAACGGAUCACAACCGGCUGGGCGUACAGGUCUUGGUGACAGCGGCGGGUCGGAGGCUUAACACGCAGUUGGUAACCCCGCUGAUGCAAUGGUCGGCUUUUUGCGUGGCUUUGUCCGCGGCGGAACCUAUCGCGCUGUACUUCAAUGGGGAGAGAAUCGAGGGUACUUAUGCUAGCGCUGGGGACGGGACUACCACGAAGACGGCAGCUGGGAGUGUUGUCUUGAUGGAGCCUGAGGGAACUUUGGUGCUAGGCCAGGACCAGGACGCGGCGGCUGACAUCUAUGACGCAACGCAAUCCCUGUGCGGCGCCGUGACGGACCUGAACGUGUGGUCGCGGCGGAUGGGCAGUGAGGAGAUGGCCAGGGUGACGCGGUGCCUGGAGCGGGGUAAGGGGGACGUACUGAGCUGGGACGAGGCGGAGUUUGAGAUGGGGCAAGACUCCUCCGUGUCGGAGUUGAAGCUGCAGGAGACGUGCAUGGUGGUGCCGCUGCCCUUCUUCAUGUUCCCCAACCACAUGCAGUUCACCACGGCCGCGGGGCUCUGCAAGGCCUUCGGGGGGAGCAUCGUCGUCCCCAGGAACUUGGAGGAGCAGGAGGUGGUGUACGGUCUAGCCGACGAAGCCACGGAGCAGUGUUCCGUGGAGGGCGAACCACUAACUUGGCUGGGCAUCACCAAGAACGAGAACAAUGUUUGGGUCCACCACGGCACGGGCGAGAAUGUGACGUACUUCAACUGGGCGCCGGGUCAGCCAAACAACGUCGCCCACGAGACUUGUACCGUGAUGAAAGGAAGGAUACUGAAGGGUGGCUGGGCUGACCAGUCGUGCCGGAAGAGCUACAAAGUGUGCGUCUUGUGUACCCUCAAGCUGCCAGUCUUCCUAAGGUUCCGCGGCAUCUGUGACUCCACCCUCUACGACGACCGCUUCGUGAUGGCCGGCACGCGGAACGGCAAGCCUUACUUCAGGGGCUACUACCGCUCGCACAUCUACUACACCGAGGAGCGGAUGUGGCGCCUGCAGAACAUAAUGAUGAGUGAAAAGUUCGCGGAGAUGAACAACGACGGCUCGCUGGACUUCCCCGUCGGGCGCCACAGCUGGGAGUUCUCGCACGGGUUCUGCGGCCGCGAAAAGCACCAGCAGCACUCCCUCACGCUCUCCCAGUGCGCCAAGAACGACGAGUUUACUUGUGACGACGGGACCUGCAUCGUCAUCAACAAGGUAUGUGACAGGCGAGUGCAAUGUCCAGACGGCUCAGACGAACUUGACUGCUCCACGGUGAACCUUCCCAAGGGUUACCAGUCCACGCUGCCGCCCCCCAGCCUCACGCUCAACGCCCCCCUGCCCGUCUUCCUUAACAUCACGCUCAGGUCCUUCCUCGAGAUCAACGCCAUCGAGGGCAGGUUCAAGGCCGAGAUGGUGGUUCUGAUGCUGUGGAGGGACCAGAGACUUAGGUUCCAACACCUUCGAAGCGACAGGCAACUCAAUAUUAUCCUGCCGUCUGAGGCACAAAACAUCUGGGUUCCAACAAUCGACUUUCUGAACGCGGAGAACAACUUGCAGACGGUGGUGGACGCGGCCAGCAAGAUCACCAUCAAGAGGAUCGGAAACCCGCGGGAGGACGAUAUACAGACCUCCAAAGAGGCGCGCAUCUACGAGGGUCGGGAAAACUACAUCCGCAACUCUCGGAAGUACACGAUCGUCUUCCUGUGCAGCUUCAACUUCUUCUACUACCCCUUCAACACCGACUACUGCUCCAUGGUCUUCAGGGUCAACAAGAAUACAGAAACCUACGUCACGCUGGAGAAAUACGGGGCCGGGACGAUAUACACGGGUCGCGAUAACCUCCGCGAGUACAAGAUUGGCGGGAUGGAGACGCGGCGAUACCAAACCAGCGAACCCUACAGCGGCCUCGAGACUUCGGUUCAGAUGCGACACCUCUACACGACGCAGGUGGUCACAGUUUUCAUCCCAACGACCCUCAUCAACAUCAUCUCCUUCGCCACCUUCUCCUUCAAAUGGUUCGACUUUCAGAACAGGAUCAUGGUCUCCCUCACCGCCUUGCUCGUCCUCUCCACUCUCUUCUCCCAAGUGAGCGACAGUCUGCCCAAAACCUCAUAUUUCAAGCUCAUCGAUGUCUGGUUCUUCAGCUCCAUCCUCUUCGCCUUCCUAACCAUUAUGACGCAUACGUUAGUCGAGUAUCACCAUCACUACGGCCACGGUGAGGAGUCCAAGUCGUCUUUCUCGAACUUCUCACCGGUUCAAGUCGUGCCAGUGGAGUUUAGCAGCGGAGACGUGAAGAAACGGGGCAAAGAGAAGCUGAACUAUCGCUGGGGUAGACCGAUGCCCGAGCUGGUCAAUAAGGUCGGGUAUAGGUUGAUUCUUACCGCCUAUGUGAUCUUCUUCAUCGUGUUCUGGGCCGUGGCGUUUUCCCAGAAGGUGAAGGAGGACGCCAAGAACUUCGUCAGAGGGUUUGAGGAUGUGAAGGGCUACCCGGAGUGAAAUAAAAAUGAAUGCGCUAGUUUAAGAUAAUGUUAAGAUGAGCGCGUCUCCCCAACCACCUUCGUAGUUCGUAAAAUAAGACUGUAAUGUUAAAUUCCUUGUGAGUGUUGAGACAAGCGUCGUGUUUGUAGCCACGUACAUAUACUAAGCUCACCCGUAUUGUAUGAUGAACUUAUUUUCCUUGUAUACUGAAUUCCUACCCCUGUGCGUGUCUUAUUUUUACUUCCUUAAUUUCGUGGGGCGGAUAGUGGAGACCCACUGUCCAGUGGUGAGCCUUGUUUCUAGUCAACAGCUCGCUGUCACCAGUGUACAAAACUGUAACCUUGCGAGAACGGAAGAGAAUCGCUGUAAUCUUUUUGGAGGAUAUCAUGUGGAAUUCGAUCCUCCAUAACCACCGUCGUUUGAGCUGCACAGCAUAUGACUGAU